AUGCCUCGGAGUAAGAAGAAUAAGCUUCGUGCCCAUGAGAAAUGCCACCCACUGAAUCAGUCCCAGACUCAGAGGUCUGAUGAAGCUACAGUUAUGGAAGAAGAGCUUCCCUCCUGCUCCUCUGCCCUGGAGGCUCCUUCCCAGAGCACGUCACCGACCGAGUCAGGUACGACUUUCCAGGAGUCGAGCGGGGCCUCAGCCAUCACCACCUCCUCUCCAGGUACAUUUGAUACAAGUUCUGAUGAUGGUGAGGAAAGCCAAGAUGAAGAAAAUUCUUAUUCGCUUGAGGUCCUAUCUGCUCAGAGCUCAGCAAGUGCUUCUCCCACUGUGAAGGUGGAUGUGGUGGAGCAGUUUCUCCUGCACAAGUAUAGAGUAAACCAACCCAUUUUGAGGAAAGACAUAGACACGAUCCUUGGAGAGAGUAAACAGGGCGAAUAUGCUGAGAUCCUCAAGGAGGCCUCUGAGCGCAUUGAAGUUGUCUUUGCAAUUGAUUUGAAGGAAGUCGACUCAAACAUGUACAAGUUUGUCAGCAAACUGAAACUCCCCAAUAAUGGGAGGCUGCGUUUAGGCAGGGGCUGGCCCAAGACCGGCCUUCUGAUGAACAUCUUGGGCCUCAUCUUCAUGAAGGGCAACUGUGCUACCGAGGAAGACGUCUGGCAGUUUCUGAAUAUGUUAAAGGUAUAUGCAGGGAAGAAGCACUUCAUCUAUGGAGAGCCAGGAAAGCUCAUCAAUAGAGAUCUGGUGAAGCUGAAGUACCUGGAGUACCGCCAGGUGCCUGGCAGUGAUCCACCUCGCCAUGAGUACCUAUGGGGCCCAAGAGCUUACGCUGAGACCAGCAAGAUGAAAGUCCUCGAAUUUAUGGCCAAGGCAGGUGACACAGUUCCUAGUACCUAUUCCUCACAAUAUGAAGAGGCUUUACGAGAAAAAAGGGCACGUACCAGAGGUGCAAGGAGGGCUGGCACUAGAGCCAGAGCAAGGCCUGAUCCAAUGGCCCCAUCUUCUUCCACCCAAAGUGCACAAUGA